GCCUGCCGGGAUCGUACUUGUACCAUGUAAACAUUCCCCACUUGUGUACAAGUUGCCCCCGCAAUUGCUUGUUUUGCUUCACCGUGCCGACCUCGCGAACCUUCAUUUACGUCAAACAAGGCAGCUUUCCAUGCCUGGUUCCAAAAAUAAAGUGACCACAACGUCGGUGCAUUUCGGCUAGGUCAAAGAGACCAUGGUUCCUUGAAGCCUUGUUCGAUAUCCGGAUCCGAUUUCAGCCAUAAUGACGGAGACGAGAUGGAACGCGGGCAAACGACGCGUCUUCCAGUCCGUCUUCCAGACCAGCAUCUCGCAGCCCACGCCCUACUCCACCCCUUCAGCACAGCACACUGAGCAUGGGCAAUCUUUUGGUGGUCCGUUGGCUUGCACACCUCAGAAGUGGACUAGUCCUCAAACGCAGGCAUUUCUAGUUUCAUCAGAUAACUGCUACGCCGAUGACCAAACACGAUUUGAUCGGUCAUGGCAUACUGUCACUGCACGCAUUGCUCUUCCGCCUUCUGUAACAGUCGAGGACUCCUUUGGACCUUUACCGAGCUCCCAAGAUGCAGAGGAUGAAGAGUUUGAUGAGGCCUUGCAGGACGUACUAAAACCAAGCUCUCGUGUGCCAUUGGCUGUUCAUACUGAGGACAUUCUAACGUGGCACACACAGCAGGCGAGACUGCACUUUGUCAGUCAUGUAUUGCCGUUAUUGGCAAUAUGCGAUAGCUACGCAGAUCAAACUCAGGUUCUGCUCGGUAGUAUGCGAACGCUCGAAGCUGCUCAUAGACAAUACCUAUUCGGUCUAUCUACCAUCAUUCGGGCACUUGACACAACUGAUGCAGAGCAAGCUCUCGGAGAGUUUCGCCGCGACUUGCAUGCUAUUGUCGGAAAUUCCAUGUCAAAAUCGCUUAUGUAUGCUCUGAGAAGUGUCCUAGGCCAGCUCAUGAAUGUUGUCCUUGGCAUACAUAAACAAGCAGGAGAUGCGACUUCAACUAAGGGAUAUGAUGCGAGGAGAGAGGUCUCACAACUAGUCGAGUCUCUCGCCAAGAUCGGGCUUGCAGGAGAGCGAUUUCAAGUGCUGUUCGCUGAGCUACUGGACAACAUGAUGGCCUGCUACAUCUAUGAAACCUUUGCAGGGCGAUGGGAUCUCGACUUGGACAGGAGUGCAAGAACCUCGGCAUCGGGACAACCAAAUACCCAACCGCAUUGCAUCAGAGAACUCUCGGCUUGGAUCGAGAACAACUAUGCUCGGCUUGCAGUUGAAGUUGUUGACCACUUGGACAACGUCCAAGUUGCCUGGGCUGAUGUCGAGAAGUGGAAGGAAAUUGCUAUCGGUCGUUUAGCAUCAUUGAGAAUUAGCGAGCUAUUUGACAUAGUCAGCAGCUGGCCGUGUAGCGAGGGCGGCAUCAAUGACCUCCGUUACACUGUUACUACUCCACAGCGUCGACUCCAGCUAACUGAUGCCUUCUCUGUCGCCUUAGAGAAGAGACUGCUUCAUCCGGGACGUUCCACCCUGGACAUUCUACGGACGUAUAUUGCCAUGAUCAAGACAUUCCAAAGGUUGGACCACUCGAGAGUUUUGCUCGAUCGCGUCGCAUAUUCGCUUCAGCUUUACUUGUGCACACGGGAGGAUACCGUGCGUAUAAUUGUCACAAGUCUGCUAACGAGUCCAAAGCAAGCUGACGAGGAGGCCCGUAAGACAAAGCUUAUAGAGCUGGUAGAGCUGAUGCACGACCCCAGUCAAAAUCACUCAGACCACCAGGACGAUGAAUGGGAUGAUCUUUCGUGGGUACCUGCCCCUGUAGAUGCCGGAUCGAACUACAAGCACCGGAAAUCUGAGGACGUCAUCGGCACUCUGAUCGGUGCUGUAGGCUCACCGGAAAUAUUCAUCAAGGAAUUUCAAUCCAUCAUUGGCGAGCAUCUUCUUUCAGAGCAAGAAGAGUUCGUGCAAGAGUCUACUGUGCUUGCUCUUUUGAAAAAACGAUUUGGAGAGUCAUCGUUGCAGGCCUGCGAUGUCAUGAUCAAGGACAUCCAAGACUCCAGGAGGUUGAACGACGCCAUGUACCGUGGUGCCAUGAACGAGCGGGAGAAGAUGAAGCUAGAAUGGGCCACACGCACGAAAAUUCUUUCUCGCCUCUAUUGGCCCGAUAUGGGGGACGAACGCUUCGUUGUGCCUCUAAGCGUGUCAGAAAUGCAACGUGCUUACGAAGACCGCUUCGAACAUCUCAAGUCAUCACGGAAGCUCAAGUGGCUCAAUCACGUAGGACAAGCAACCGUGGAACUCGAAUUAGAGGAUCGUACCAUCUCUGAAGAGGUUCGAACGUACGAGGCUGCCAUUAUCAACACCUUCAGUGAGGAUACGGAAAGUGGCAUCACCCCUUCAUGGACCUUUGACACUUUAUGGAUGCAUCUACAAAUAGACGAAGAUCUCUUAGCUGCGGGCUUGCAGUUCUGGGUAGACAAGCGGGUUCUACGAAAAACAACAAGCCAAGAAUAUGUGGUUAUCGAGCGCCUCGAGGAUGCGGAACAGCACAUAGCAUCGAUCGCAAACCAGUCAGGCGCCACCCAGGAGAUUCCACAAGAUGCCAUACCGACCAGCACUCGGAAGGGUAAGGGUAUCAGCGAAAAAGAAAAAGCGCAACGGCAAGUCUACUGGCAAUUCAUUGUCGGUAUGCUUACGAAUUCAAUGUCUCAAAUGCCGCUGGGUCAGAUCUCUAUGAUGAUGAAAAUGCUCAUUGCUGACGGGUUCCCUUGGAGUAAUGAGGAGCUGCAGGAGUUUCUAGCAGACAAGGUGACCGAGGGAGAGUUGGAGCUUGCAGGUGGGAGGUAUAAACUUGUCAGAAGAUAGUCGCCACCAUACGUGUGCCCUUUGUACGCAUGCGACCAAGUCUCACCUCGGGUCAAAGCCGUUCUCAAUCAUCUGUGACGGUCGAUUGAACCAUCGUCUGAAGGGGUGGCGGGCUGAUCCAACUGUUAUAGCACUGUAGCGUCAGGAUUGUGACAUUCAAUCUUGUCGAAACUCAGCAAAAUAACAAAUAUUACAGAAUUAACCUACAACCAUACGUACUUCAUCACUUGU